AAUAAAUAUCUAGAGAGAGAAAGAAAAAUAAAAUAUAAAAGAAUUAAAUUGCGGAGAUGGGUGAGGGUAGAGUCAAAGCUAUGGCCUCAGCUUCAGCGAAUGCGAAGCCCAACAAGGAGCUCACAACUAAGACCAGAGAAGAAGGCGAGCUCUUUUCAUCAGACGACGACGAAAAUCCUGCUAGCUCAGUUGCACCAUCUAUUGGUACUGUCGCCCCUCCUGGAGGGACUCUUUUUACAACUCUGACAAACAAACACACUCAAGGUACUCGGACCGUGAAGAAUGUUUCUACCAAUAAUCUUUCAAGCUCCAUUGAUAUUCAGUCCCGAACUUCCAUUCAGCCAACCAAUCAAAAGAGUUUUGAGAAGAAUCGAGUGAAAUUUAAAUCAGGUAAUCCUGUAUGGUUUCCUACUUCAGGGUCGAACAAUAACCUUGUGAUAAGCUUCUCAGAUGGUGACAGUGGCAGUGACUCUGAUGACUACCAGCAAGAAAAAACAACUGCGACUAAAUCCAUCACAACUGGGUUGGAUAGCUAUGGACAACCACCUGCUGUGUCAGUGGUGAAAACCAGCAAACUACAUCAAAAUGCCAAAAAUGUAAACAAAAUAAUACCCAAGAAGUUAUCCUCAAACCGUAUAUUUGUCUCGUCAAUGACAAAAAUUCAUGGAGGAGCCAAUUCCAGGGCUGCUGAGCAAGGAUCUCGAGUUAGGAAUAUUAAUAACCCUAACAAAAAAUUAGGAAGCCAAGAGCGUGGUUUUGACCCAGGAGUGGGUUUGAAAAACAGUAAGCUUCAGGACUUGAGGCAGCAGAUAGCACUUCGGGAAAGUGAACUAAAGCUUAAGGCUGCCCAGCAAAAUAAAGAUUUGGCUGUUGUGCAAUGCAGGGAUUAUCAUGCUAUGAAUCUAGGCAAGGAAGCAGCAAGGAAAUAUCAAUUGCCUUCUGCAGAUGUUGGACAGUUGGAACGAAAAGUACCAGACAAGAAACGCUUGAAAGUAAGUGGAUCUUAUUCUCACCGGAUAACUUCAGAUAGCCAUCAAGAAAUUCCUGCUGCAAUAUCUAUUAUGCCAGUGAAAGAGCCUACAUUGGAGAACAGUAUGCGUGACAGAAAUAAAGUUGAUCAUAUACAGAAAGACAUUCCUGUAAGCAGAAUAGAGUCAAGCAUUGUUAAGCAACACAAGCAGGAUGAUAAACGUAUUGAUGUUCUGCCAGAAAAUAGACCUAGAUCGGUGAAAGAUGGACUGACCUUUUCUGCAGUUGCUGAUAUCAAUUCUAGUGGCAAUCAAUCUGAUAGGGAUAGAAGGCUGGAUCCUGUUGUGUUAAACCAAAUCGCAGCACCGGCAAAUAAAAUGUCCAGUUCUUUGCCAAAGAAUUUAGAUAAAAUGUUGGUAAAUCAUCCAAGUAAAACUGGUGGACAUCCUACACCAAAUUCUUUUCCAAACAAAGCAAUUGGAGAACAGAAUGUAAUGAAAAGCAGUGACCAUUGUAAAGCUAUUUCUGGUGAUAAGACUGUUGAUUCUUCGUUCCAUGAUUUAUGCCAGGUGAAUAAUGCAAGUUUGUGGAACUGUCUGGGUGAUGCCAAUGUCUCAGGACAUGGCAAUAUGGAUGUACAAUCAAUACUUGACAUGGAGGAAUUGACGGACAAAGAGCUGGAGGAAGCACAAGAGCAUCGGCGCAUGUGUGAAAUUGAAGAAAGAAAUGCUCUUAAAGCUUAUCGUAAAGCCCAAAGGGCUUUGAUUGAGGCUAAUAUGAGAUGUACUAAACUUUAUCGUCAGAGAGAACUGUGUUCAGCUCGCUUUCGUUCUUUUAUGAUGGAUGAAUCCAACUUACUAUGGUCUUCUGGACUGCAUGAACCUGUUGGGAAUGGGUUGGAUUUGUCAAAUCACGUAUCUGAAAAUAUGGACUUAAUCCCGACAUCAAGCCAUCAGGUGCAGUCUGCCUAUGAUGGAUUUAAUCGACUAGGUUAUGAUUCGAAUAUCCAAUGUGUCAAUGGUGCUCCCCUCAUUACGUCUUAUCAGCAUGCAAGUGGUCAAAAUUUGGGGUCUGAACCUUGCAGUGAGCCAGAUGCUAGUACAUCAGAGCCAUUGCCACGUAAAACUAAGAAUGUUGUUCAUGGAUUAAGCUCUCCGUCCAAUGAAUUAAAUGUUUCAGCUGAUGAAAAUGAAGAGACAUUCCCCUUGGACCAUGAAUCUGUUCAACACAACUUUGAAGAUAAUCAAAAGGAACAAAUUUCUGAAGGAAGGCAAAUGGACAAAAAUAGCAAUGUCAACAAAAGUUCAUCUAUUGAUGGCUCCAAGGAUUCUUUACUUCUUGAAGCUACAUUAAGGUCUGAACUGUUUGCACGGCUAGGAGUGAGAACUUUGUCAAAGAAUAGUGGUCCAUGUUACAAUGUGGAGCCUUCGGUUGAACGAGGGCCUGAAAAUGACAUUGGAAGUGACAAAAUGCAGACAAGUAAUGGCAGUGUUCCAUCUUCAGAAGGAGGACAAAGCCAGCAGCAUUAUAUUGGAGGCAUUGAUCAGCCAGAAAGAAGUUUUAGUGAGUCUCCUGUUCAGAUCCAUGAUCAGGGCCAUGCUGAAAAAAGUUCUUUACAGUUUCACUCUACUGCUGAUUUUAAGGAAAAUGAAUUUUCCCGAAGAGCUCACCCUUCAACUGCUUCUGCAUUAUUUUCUCCUCCUUUGGUCCUGAGGAGUGUGUUUGGUCAUCUGAAAGUUGGAUCAUCAAUUGCUUUAUCGAAUAUGACUAAAAUUCAACGGAAUCACUCACAUAACUUUUACAUUGAAGAGGGUGCUUGUUUCAACUCUAAUGAACCUCAGGAUUGGUAUUUGAUAGAAGACUCAAACCAGGAGAGUCUUAGUAGCAUCUUUGGGAGAGAAUUUGGCUCUUAUACCUGCAAUCUUGCUGUUGACCCAUUUUGGCCACUUUGUAUGUAUGAGCUCCGAGGAAAAUGCAACAAUGAUGAAUGUCCUUGGCAACACGUGAAGGACUUCUCAAAUGGAAAAAUAUAUAAGCAUCAGCAUGGCGAUUCUGAUGGUGCUGAUGGUCAGGCUGGGUUAACAAUACAUCAACAGGAUUCUUUUGGUGCUUCCAAGUGUUGCGAUAAUUUGACUCCACCAAUAUAUAUAGUUGGUUUAGAUAUAUUGAAAGCUGAUUCACAAUAUGAGUCUGUUAUAGCUAGAAGACACGGACAAUGCUGGCAGAAAUGUUUCAGUAUUACCCUAGUGUUAUCAAAUAUGUUUCAGAAGGACUUACCUGCAGAAUUCUUGCAUUCCAGUGAUGGACGUAUUGAAGUGUGUGGGGGUUGGAAUAGACAAUUCUCUUAUUUUCAGAGUAGAGAUGGCGUAAUGAAGCAACUGAAACAAGCUAUGCCUAAUAAUGUCCAAUCUGUGGAAAUGGCUCUUCUUUUUCUCAAUCAAGAGGCUGGCAGAUUAGAGAGUAUAAGAAAGGCCCUCUAUGCGUUGUCACGAGCUCUUGAGGCAGAUCGAUCAUCUGAAAUUCUUUGGAUUGUUUAUCUGCUUAUAUAUCACAGCAAUGCAGUGCCAUAUGGGAAGGAAGACAUGUUCUUUCAUGCGGUCAAACACAAUGAAGGAUCUUAUGGACUUUGGCUUAUGUACAUCAACAGUAGGAUACAGCUUGAUGAUCGGUUGGAUGCGUAUGAUGCUGCUCUUUCAGCGCUCUGCCGCCAUGCAUCUGCCUCUGAUGGAGAUGAAAGGCAUGCUAGUGCAUGCAUCUUAGACCUAUUUUUGCAGAUGGUGGAGUGUUUGUGCAUGUCCGGGAAUAUUGAGAAGGCCAUCCAGAGAAUCUCUGGACUCUCCCUUGCUGAAACAAGUUCUAAAGAACCUCAUAGCCUGUUGCUCUCUGAUAUCCUCACAUGUUUGACCAUUUCUGACAAACUUAUAUUCUGGGUUUCUUGUGUGUAUUUAGUUAUUUACAGGAAACUGCCCGAUGCUGUUGUACAGCGGUUUGAAUGUGAGAAAGAACUCCUUGCAAUUGAAUGGCCUUCCAUUCACUUAGUAAAUGAUGAGAAGCAGAGGGCUGUGAAGCUGGCUGAAAUAGCAGUGGAUUCUGUUGAAGCUUAUUUCAAUAAUGAAUCACCUAAGAGUGAAGCCAAUCUCAGAUCAGGACAACUUUUUGCUGUUUGCCAUGUUAGGUGUAUGGUAGCGCUUGAUGACUUAGAAUGCAGUUGGAAUUUGCUGGACAAAUACAUUAAGUUAUACCCGUCUUGCUUAGAACUUGUUCUGACAUCAGUGCGCUUGCAGAAACGUGAUUUUGGUGAUUCAAGUUUUAUGGGUUUUGAGGGAGCUCUUAUGAAGUGGCCUAAAGAAGUCCCUGGAAUUCAGUGUAUAUGGAAUCAAUAUGCUGAGUAUGCCCUCCUGAAUGGAAGACCUGGCUUUGCAAAAGAACUUAUGGACCGUUGGUUUCACUCUGUUUGGAAGGUUCAAUACUCUGAAGUUGACAAUUUGGAUGCCAUGGAUAAUGAGAUCUCUCAUGGCUCGCCAGAAUCCACUUCAGCAUCAAAUCUAGACUUUUCAGUGUCUAGUAAAAACCAAAUGGAUGUAAUGUUUGGAUUGCUCAAUCUCUCUCUCCAUAGGUUAUUGCAGAACCAUUUCAAUGAUGCCUGGUUAGCUAUUGAUAGGGCAUUGAAGCUUGCAGCUCCUGAGAAUUUUAAUCAUUGUGUUAGAGAGCAUGCCAUGUUUUUGCUUACUGAUAAGUCAGGACCAAAAGGAGAUGCAGUUUGGCUGCUGAACCUUUUGAAGCGUUAUUUGGACACUGCCCGCUCUUUUCCUUGCCCCAAACCGUUGCCUAGACACUUUAUUAACAACAUUGAUAAGCCAAGAGUCCGGCAGCUAGUUACUAACCUGCUAAGUCCAAUUCCGACUGAUUCUUCUCUGGUGAAUUUGGUUCUUGAAGUGUGGUAUGGUCCAUCUCUUUUACCCCAAACGUUUUGUAAGCUAAAGGAUCUAGUUGACUUUGUUGAAGCCAUUAUGGAGAUUGUACCAUCCAACUACCCAUUGGCGUUUUCUGUUUGUAAGCUGCUCAGUGGAGGUGACAACCCUGGUGAUGUUACACCGGCCAGUGUUUUGUUCUGGGCCUCCUCAACAUUGGUCAGUGCGCUUUUUCAAGCCAUGCCCAUUGCUCCAGAGUAUGUAUGGGUAGAAGCUGCAUAUAUUUUGGGCAAUGUAAGCGGUAUUGAGGGCAUCUCUGAAAGGUUUUACAAGCGAGCUUUAUCUGUAUAUCCAUUCUCCAUCAAGUUGUGGAAAUGCUAUUAUAACCAAUCUAACACUAAAGGAGACAUGAACAACAUUGUUGAAGCAGCAAGAGCAAAGGGUAUAGAACUUUUUUGAAGUCUUUUAUUUAAUAUUGCACAAUUGUUAGAAACAGCAUUUACCGGGGGAACUUUUAGUUCAGAUCUGAUGAUUACUGGUUGGGGAGGCCAUAGAUGUAGAUGAUAGCAUGUUACGACACUGGAUGUAUGUAUUGCUGACAAGACACCCGUAGGGUGGAUACAAUUUUUGCUAUUAGUUGUGAAACUAGGAAAUAAAUGAAGAUAGUAGUAUAGUUUAAUAGGUUUUAGCGUUGAUCAGUUAGGUUACUGCUUUUGUGAAGGUUAGCUGAGGUUUACUCCCUCCCUCUUUUAGUCUGUUGUUUUUUUUGGUUCAGUUUGCUUCAUUUCUUUUGUAUUUUUCCCAGUUCCCCUUAUACUAAAGGAUAAGCUUAGUACUGUUUUCUCAUGUUUCGCGUAAUUGUAACUACCCAGAUACUUGUUCAUGUAGUUGAGAUGAAAAGAGUCGGAAAAUUUCGCUUCA